UUAAAGGAACUUUAUAAAGACUUAUUAAGAAAGGUACAACUCUGGAAAAUAUAUAAAUAAUACAUCAACAUGGGUAACAUUAUAUUCAGAAAAUCGGAAUAUCUAUAUGGCUUAAAGGAAAUGAUAUUAGGACUAUUUCCAGCAUAUCUAGGUUCAACAUUUACUUAUAGCAGGAUUGGUGAUAACCUCGAAGAGUUUGUUGAAUUUAUUUCUGUUAAGACUGAAGUCCAUAGUUCUGGGAAAUACACACAGGAACAGUUGGAAGAACACACUGAUUAUGUAGAGAGGUUUGUACAGGAUCUCUGUGCUGAUGUAGGAGCAAAAGAACCUGCAUUCAAAUCUAAAGAACUUGUUGGGCGAGGGAGUCACUAUGAGAAAACCAAAGUUGUAUCUGUAGAUGAGUGUGAUUUCUUGAUCCCCUUAGCUCUAUCAGAUGAUGAAAAUGUCCAGGUUGAGAAUCUUGGAGAAGAUUGUUUUAGGUAUGGGGGUGGAGAUAUAGGCUAUGGUGUAGUAACAGUCAGACUUGCUUCCCUAAAACAAGGAUUUGCUGAUGAUAUGGUGAAGAAAUAUACCAAAGGUAGACAUAUAUUAUCUUGUAAACUUGUUAAGAAAAUACAACACGCAAUCAAACACUCACUGGAAUCUAGGCUUGGAUCUAAAUUUAAAGGAUAUGCUGACUUACAAUAUGGCCCUAAGGACACAUAUCCGGUUGGUGUGUGUAGUAUGAAUGAAUACUGCCAUGGGCCAAGUAUAUGGCUACGCUUGGGAACACCCCUUACAACAACUGAUAUUGACCUCUGUUUCUGCAUAGAGAGAUUUGGUCGCUCACCUAGAACUGUAAUGGUUCCUUUAGGUGGGGAAGUAGAGAAAAAAUUCUAUUUGAAAUUAUGUAAAUGUUUUGUUGAAGAUUGUCACUGGAUGGAAUCCAUUGUAGACCCACCAAAUGAUAACAAACAUGUCUUAACCAGAUGGCAUAAACAAGUGUUUAUAUGCAUGAAAUUCAUCAGCCAUAUACUUUGUACUGUUGGGGGGAAAACAUCUUCCUUCACGCUGAAGACUCUGGUAUUAAAACAUCAAGUGAGAUGUAAGAGUAACAACGUGGGUGAAUGUUUUGAGGCUGUUGUCAGGGAUAUGUGUGGACGGAAGGACAAUCAAUCAGGGUGUGAACCUGAUACAUUCGAUAUAACAUUACAGAAUGAUGUUGUAUAUGAUGUAGAUUAUCCAGGUAGGGAGAUAUAUCAUCCAAUUAAAAAGUCUAAUAUCAUCCCUGCAUUUAUCUGGUUCUUACAGCAUGUCAAAUAUACAAAAGACACUGACUGGUGGUGCCACCUGCUGGAUGAAGGAUUCCCUGAGAGUGUGCCAGAAAGUGGACUACUUUGGUCCUUUAUUCAGACAUACAGGAAAUGUAUAGACCAAUAUGCUCAUGAUGAGAAAGUAAUGAAAUUUGAAUGGCCACAUUACGCCAAUCAUACAACAAAACUUUCAAUCAGACACCAGAGGCACAGCUAAGGUCAAAUAGAUCCAUAGACCUAAAGCCUGACUUAAAGAAUACCUGGCUUAUGAUCUUAACCAGUUUUAUUUCAUCAUUGCCAAUAGAAAUAAUGAACAAACUGACAGUGAACCUGUUAAUAGGUCUAUAGACUGAAUCUUGACCUGUUUUACUUUACCAAUUCCAAUAUUGAAAGGUAUAGGGGUGACAAAAUUGCAAGCAGCCUGUACAAAUUAAUGACUAGCAAUAUAUUCUUUACCAUCUCAAAUAUAAUAUCUCCCAAAAGAUAUGCUAAAGGUACUCUAAGUAAUCAAUUGGUGAAGUUAUUUAAGAUCCAAAGUGUAUAAUUUGCUACAGAAGUGUAGAAUCUUCCUUAA